AAACACACCUUUUUUGGCUUAUUUUUUACAGCUUACCCUGUUUAGGGCUGGUGGUAAAAAUCUAAGAGGGUCGGUCCAAACAGGAGAAACAUUCAGCGAAUUUCAUCAUGCCAGUUGUCCUGAAGACCAGCGCUCUGCUUUGGACACGGUUGGCUGCCCUGGCCUUCUUAUGCGUGGCCUUCUCUAUAGCUAUUCAUGGGGGGAAACUCCCGCAUGGCACUGGGGAUUUUUGCAUCUUCUGCUGGGGCCUUAGUUUCAGCGGGACUCUUCUUGUCAUCCUGGUGGAGCUAUUUGGCCUGCAGACCAGAGCUCCUGUCUCCUGGAAGAACUUCCCCAUCACCUUUGCGUGUUAUGCUACUCUGCUCUGCCUGUUGGCCUCCAUCAUCUUUCCUCUUUACUUCCUGAAGGGGUCCAUUGGUCAAAGUGAUGUCCACGACUUCCGCCUUUUGUCCACCAUUUUCUCCUGCCUAGCCACCGUUGCCUAUUUAGGCGAGGUAAUUCUCACCAAGGCUCGUCCCGGUGAGGUUUCGGGCUACAUGGCUACCACUCCUGGUCUGCUGAAAGCAUUGGAGACUUUUGUGGCCUGCAUCAUCUUUGUCUUCAUCAGUGAACCUGUGUUGUAUGAUCAUCACUAUACGGGCAAGUACUGCAUGUCUGUGUAUUGCAUCUGCUUCAUAGUGUCUGCGGUCAUCAUCCUGCUCUGCAUCAGUGGCCGCACCGGCUGCCUCCCCUUCCCGUUUACUCGUUUCCUCUACACUUACGCCAUGCUGGCUGUCGUCCUUUAUCUGUCAGUGACAGUCAUCUGGCCAGUCUUCCACUUUGACCCCAGGCACGGCGGUCAGAAACAGAGGCCACACAACUGCACCUCCACAAUGGGCUUGUGCAGUUGGGAUAAGGCCAUGGCGGUGGCCGUGCUGACCGGGGUCAACUUUAUCCUCUACCUGGCUGAUCUAAUCUACACCAACCGCCUGAUGUUCGUAAGCACCUGAUUGUAGCAAAUGGUAAUGGGCUGCCAAUUAACAACUGAAUUUAGUCACACAAUUCAUGGCUGUAAAACUGCUGUCAAAGAUCCUGCUGCAAGAGAGUGUUUCUGUACUACACAGUAAAUAUAUUAGCUCUGAUAUUAGCAAAGAUAACUGACCUAAAUUAUUUUUGAGUUUUGAGAUGAACUUAGUGGUGUGUUUUUCUUUCGUUCAUGGGUCUAUUUGGUCUCCCAGUAAUAUUUCCUCCUUAGAGAACUGUAAUAAUUCAUGAUGGCAGCAGCCUUCAUACUCAGCCCCCAGUAACCAAAUUAAUUCCAGGGAUUCCCACCAUCAACAGUGGGAGGAACAAAGGCAAAGUCAUCAGUCAUACAACGGCUCACUCCAAAUGAAAGAAGCCUGAACCAGCAGAUAUGCUGUUUUCAUCACAGUAAAGAAAAUAAAUGCAAAAUCAAACAUGAUGCUUAACAGAGAAGGUGGAGAAUCAAAGAAGAUAUUCAGAUGAAAUAAGAAUCAGUUUGUUUCCUUUUAAAGGAAAAAUCGGCUCAGAGAUUUCUUCUUUGCCUUUGUGGUUUUUGAUCUCUGUCCAAACAUCAUGGACACAGUCAUGCAGACUUGGAGUGAGUCAUAAAUACCAGGAUUUUUUUCUUCAGGGUGUUUUUCCUCUUCAUGAACAUUCGAUUUCAACAAAUCUGUGUCCUCUGACCUUCACACACUGACUGCUGUCAGGGGGAAAAUGUUUGGCUUCCUUUUUCAACAAAAUCCUUUUGGUUUUACAAAGCAGACUAUGGAUAUUUUAACUUCAGUCAACAAAUAAAAAAAAUCACAUUCUGUUAAUGUAGGUUAAAGAAAAAGUCUGGUCGUAUUCAGAAUUCAA